UUGUGACCAUUGUUGUGUCGAGAAAGACUGUUGGGAUUUUGCGUCUUAAAAUUAUGCUUCAUGGUUUGUCAAAUUUUGUUGUAGAUAUAACAUAACACUUAAUUGUAUCCAAAUUAAGCUGUUGAAUAUAAUGAUUUUCGGAGGAAAGUUAAAGAAAUGAGUCGCAAGAACUCGAGGCUGGUAACGCCGGUUUUCACCCGGUAUUUUGAAAAGAAGUUUGAUGAAAGUGGAAUACAAGCGUCUAGCAGUGAGAGUUCUGAAGAGUAUGACGAAGAUGGUGACGAUGAUGGGACAUACGAGGAAAUAGACUUGGAGGCAGCUGUGAAAGCAUUUCAUCGUAUUGUAGCACAGCAGUCCAAGGUCGUCAAUGACAGCUAUUUACUUCAUCAAACAUCAAAGAAAGAAAAAAAUGUGAGAACUGUCUACAUGACACAGCUGUCUGACCUAUCCUCUAAAAAUGCUGAUGCCCUUGUUGCUGAGGAAGAAAAGAAUAGACAGAAGGCAGAGAAGAAGAAAGAGAAAAAGAAAAAGCGCAAAGAGAGGAAGAAGGAGAUAAAAGAAAAUGAUAACACUAGCAGCAAGACAAGUCGCAGUGGUUCGUGGUGCAAUGGGGACACCGCAUCAAAUCCUUCCAAGAAGGACUCUGACCGUAGUAACAAAAGCCAGAACGUGAGCAAGCCUGCGUGCGCCAACUCGGACGAGAACGAGAACGUCGGCAAUGGCGACGGGGAUGAUGAAGACGAGGCCUUCCUCGACCCGAACUCCGCGUUCGUGUCGAAGGCCGUGAACAAGAACAGGCACAAGGUCUCGUCGUCCAUCAGCAGGAUGGAGCAGACGAGCAACGUGGGGGCCAGGAAAAGCGCGGGCGUGCACGACUCGGCUGUGGGCGAGGGUGAGAGGCUGGUGCGGGAGGGGUACUCCCUCGCCAGCAGGGAGCAGUACGCGGAGGCGGUGAUGUGCUUCUCCAAGGCCAUCCGGCUGGUGAACAACGACCACCGCUUCUACAGCAACCGCAGCUUCUGCUACUGCCAGCUGGAGCAGUACGCCAAGGCUUUGAAGGAUGCCGAAAGGUCUAUUGAGUUGGCUCCACAAAAUCCUAAAGGAUACUACAGGAAAGCAGAAGCUCUAAGAGGCUUAAAACAGUACAAGCAGGCGGAGACGGCGUACCUGAAGGUGCUGCAGCUGGACGAGGAGUGCGAGGACGCCCAGCAGGACAUCGAGGACGUGAAGGUGCUGCAGCUGGUGGAGAUGGGCUUCGACGAGGACAGCUCUCGCCGGGCCAUCAGGCGCGUCCACCACCUGCAGAAUGCCAUAGAAGAACUGACGAUGCCUCAGAGCCCCUUAAAUGCGACAGUUGAACCUAGCAUCGGCGACAUAUACUUCUCCGAUGACGACGAAAACACGGGACAAAGGAUGUCCUCUAGGACUACUCCAGGUGUGAAGGACAUCAAAAUGGAUCCUUCGAACCCAGAGGGCCUCUACUCUCUGUGGGUUGGCAACAUCACUCAAGGCGUCAAAGAGAAGCAGAUUCUGGAGCUUUUUGCCAGGUACGGCGCAGUGCAAAACGUGCGUUUGCUCCCGGAGAAGUUCUGUGCUUUUGUGAACUUCCGAAACCAGAAGGCGCCCGGGCAAGCCAUGAAGAGCCUGCAAGGGGUGGAGUUUGCCGGAACCAGGCUUCUCAUAAGGUUUCCCGACACACCGGUGGCGACCACCAGCCGCCCGGCUGGCCCCAGCUCGAGCGGCCAGGCCAAGUCGUACGGGCCUGUCAACGGGGACGAGUGCUACUUCUGGCGGACCAGCGGCUGUGCCUUCGGCGACAAGUGUCGCUUCAGGCACGCCAAGGAGAACAAAGGGAUCGACAUCAAGUCGUGGCACAAGAACAGAUGAGUCCGCGGCUCCCGUCGUCCCAGGUCCUCCCGCUAGCUGCUCUUGUGUUGUUCUCCGGUGAUGCAUCCACGCACCCCGGAGUCAUUCACUGCCAUCCUUUAUUUUGGAACUUUUUUGUGUUCGUUUAUAAACGUGUAAUCACCGUUUUUUUUUUUCCUCCUUUUACAUUUUUAUACUACUAAAAUUCUAUUAAUCUUU